AUGACUAGCCUGGAUACUAGUCUCGCCCAGUCAGGAUAUCAGCAUGUACCCGCAGCACUCGAACCUUCAGUGGCUGAGCCUAAUCCGGAGCCAAAGGAGUCGCAGGCAGGGUAUGAUCCGAUGGAUGUGGAUCUAGAUGUAGUGCCAGAGGAGGAACCCGAAGAAGAGCCUGAAGAGGUACCGGAAGAAGAACUCGAAGACGAACCAGAAGAAGAUCCAGAGGUAGAGCCAGAAGAGGAACCAGUAGGAGAUCUAGAGUUAGAACCAGAAGAGCAACCUGAGGAUGAGCCAGAGGAAGAGCCAGAUGAGGAGUCCGAAGAGGAAGAACGGAUUGAAGUUCUGCUAGAGUCGGAGUCUGAGUUUUCUCGCAAGCGAUAUGAUUUUACCAAUCUGAGAGGUCUUUAUCAGGAUCGUAAUGCAAGCUUGGUCAAUAGCUUAACAAAAGAGACUGUCCGAGUCAAGGCCAUGAAAGAAUAUAUUCCCUGA